AUGGCCGCCUUCGCCCCGAGCCAUGGUCCAUUCAAAGCUUCCACUACACCCACAUAUUCCCUAGUCAUGCCCAGCAUCAUCGAGAUCACGGCCAAUGACAGGCUCGGUCGCAAAGUGCGGGUCAAGUGCAGUCCGGAUGACACAGUAGGUGACCUCAAGAAGCUCAUCGCCGCCCAGACAGGUACAACACCGGAGAAGAUCCAACUGAAGAAAUGGUACACAGUCUUCAAGGACCACAUCACACUAGCUGAUUACGAGAUCAACGACGGUACCAAUUUGGAGAUGUAUUAA